AUGCGCCAGCGUCGGGGAAGGAAAGGGUGCACUGAGAGUGUGUUGGGAGCCGGGACUGGGUGGGUCCUGGAGCAGCGUUUCGGGGCCAGGAAAAGUGCACCGGGAGGGUUCCGGAAGAGUGUGCCUGGGAAGCGGGUCGGGGAAGGGGAGGGUACGUUAGGAAAUUGCACAGAGGGCGCGGGCUGGGGAACCGGGAAGGGACUCCGAGUGCAGUGUUCGGAAACCGUACAAACGGUCCUAGGAGGAUGUGGUUUCUCGCGUCAGCCUCUCUACCCGGUCCCGUCGCGCAAUCGUUCUGUGCGGUUUCUACCUGAUGCACGGAGAGAGGAAGACGGGAUUUGUGUGGUUUUCCUAGGUGGCCUCUCUGUCCACUGCCUGAAACUGGCCUGUCUUUCUGCCUUCCACUCCAGACAUCCGAUCCACACCAAACUGCUACCCUUAAACGAGUUUUGUGCAAUUAAGAGCAUGGCGGCUGAAAGAGCUAAAGCAGAGGAAGCUGAAAAUCAUCACGAUGACUGCUCCAUUCGACUUUCAAAUCCAAACAUAGCAACCAUGAAAGAAGAUGUUUUAUACCAUUUCAGUCUCAGCACCAGUACACAUGAUUUCCCAACUAUGUUUGGAGAUGUGAAGUUUGUGUGUGUUGGUGGAAGCGCCACCCGCAUGAAAGCCUUCACCAGCUAUCUGGCUCAGGAACUGGGUCUUGAACAACCAGGUGUGGAUCAUGCUAACAUCUGUGCCGGAACUGACCGCUACGUCAUGUAUAAAGUAGGACCAGUGCUGUGCGUCAGUCAUGGCAUGGGCAUACCUUCCAUUGCAAUCAUGCUACAUGAGCUGAUCAAGCUGCUGUACCAUGCCAGGUGCUCCAAUGUUACCAUCUUUCGCAUUGGCACUUCUGGUGGCAUAGGUCUGGAGCCCGGAUCUGUGGUCAUCACCCGACAAGCAGUGGAUGCCCACUUUCGGCCUGAGUUUGAGCAGAUUAUACUGGGGAAGCGGGUCAUUCGGAGCACACACCUUGACGACCAGCUGCUACAGGAAUUGAUGCAGUGUUCCAAAGAGCUGGAAGAGUUCCCUGUAGUUGUGGGAAACACAUUGUGCACCUUGGAUUUCUAUGAAGGACAAGGCCGCCUGGACGGUGCUCUCUGCUCAUACACGGAAAAGGACAAGCAGGAGUACUUGAAAGCAGCCUACACCAGUGGCAUCCGGAACAUUGAAAUGGAAUCCUCAGUCUUUGCGGCUCUGUGUGGUGCUUGUGGCCUCCGAGCAGCUGUAGUGUGCGUCACCCUCCUCAACCGUCUGGAUGGAGACCAGAUCAAUAGCACACAUGAGGUGCUUGUGGAGUACCAGCAGCGACCCCAGAGACUGGUGAGCCAUUUCAUAAAGAAAUGCCUCAGGAAAAUCUGA